CCUGCUUCAAUGUCUAGAAGUUCUGGGAAGCAGCAGUGGCUGACAAAUCAAACUCUCGCUUCUUCCAGUGGAGAAGAAAGACGAGAGGGUCGAAAAUUCAUAGUGGAGGGUCCUACAAAGGAUGUAGGAGACCGCGAUUCCGUUGGCACCAGCUGCGCUGGCGAUGGUCAUCCUUUGUCUGGUUAUGCAACUGGAGCUGAUA